AAAAGCUUUUCUGUCUGACACAUUAAACAUUCAAAACCCAAGUGUUUACUUUGACCUAAAAAUACACUAAACCUAAUUUGUCCCUCUAUCCAGAAAGUACUGUUAUUGUUGAAUAUUUCAAAUAUUUUCUUUUUAUACAUAUUCUCACAGUUUAUUAUCAUGGUGACCAUCACUGGGCUCUCCUGGGGCCCUUGCACGUUGCCCACUCUGCCCGGUUCAUAACAUUGUUGUGUUUGUGUUCUGUGAAUAAAUCAGUUACCUUAAAGACAAGUAAAAUAAUUUAAAUACACUUUCAGCCACAUAAAUGUUUCAAGAUAAGAGAAGUCGAUUACUGGUAUUUGUGAUGUGACACUACUGGUGGGAAGCAUGGCCACUUAGUGUUUCAGAGUGGUCAAAUAGUUCCACUGACUCUACUGUAUUGUCUUUGACUUAACUUUGUUGUCCUACUUGUUGAAGCGCGCGCCCGUGAGAACUCACUUUAUCAUUUUACGAAGACCUCGAGCGCAAAAACUUGAGAUGUGAUCUGGCCUGGGAUUGGUCCCCGCGCUCUCACCGGCACUUCAAAGCCACGAAGAAGCUACAACUACUACAGGAGUCAGAGAGGAAACGCAGACUCAUCACGUCCAGUCACUGGGGACACACACAGAGUCAGCCGGAGGUAUCACUGCACGGAUCAUGGCUGCUACACUGUUGGGGGAGGAGCCCCGGCUGGGCAGCGCCCCGCUUGCCAUGCUGGCAGCCACCUGCAGCAGGAUCGGUGAGCCCAGCCCCGCGUACUCUCCUGCUCUUUCUGAUGGCGCCCCGGGACUCGUCAAGGGCUUUCAGCUGUGGAAGGGGGGCGCCUCGAGUACCAGCAGUUUGGGCACCUGCCUGACCUCUCUCGGGGUUCCAUCUGGAGCCCCGAGGACUAACGGGACCGGGCUGAUAGAGUCCUCUAGCGCUUUUUCAGUGACCACUGCCAGCUCUCCGUUUGGAAAUGAUUUUUCAAUGUACCAAACCGCUGUGCCAUCAGACAACAAUGUCCCCGAUCCUACACAAGCACAGAGAUCUGUAUUUCUCACCAAAUUCCCCUCUUCGGUCGAGGGUAUUGCGGGGAUGUAUCCAAGGAUGCACGCACAUCCCUAUGAGUCAUGGUUCAAGCCUGCGGGUGAGGUUGGUAACGGGCCUCCUGCUUGGUGGGAGAUGGGCACCAGCUGGGUGGACACACAGAGCCCGGCCGGAUUACCCUCUCCUCUGAGCGGCUACAGCACUGACUACAACUCUGCCUUCAACCCCGGUGUCUCUCAACACCUGCUUCCCGCCACACAGCACCUGUUUGACAGCUUCAGGCCACCUGUCCAAGCUCCCUACACAGAGCCUAAGACAACGGUAACUUCUGGGCCCUCCGUUGUUUCUGUGCCCGUAUCUUCACGCUCCUCCUCACGGCGCUAUGCCGGCAGAGCCACGUGCGACUGCCCGAACUGUCAGGAGGCGGAGAGCCUUGGCCAGGGUGGCACGAGCCCGCGUCGGAGGGGUCUACACAGUUGUCACAUCCCAGGCUGUGGUAAGGUUUAUGGCAAGACCUCUCACCUGAAGGCCCACCUGCGCUGGCACACCGGGGAAAGGCCCUUUGUCUGCAACUGGCUCUUCUGCGGGAAACGCUUCACACGCUCAGACGAGCUCCAGCGGCAUUUGCGCACGCACACCGGGGAGAAGCGAUUUGAGUGCUCGAUCUGCCACAAACGGUUCAUGCGGUCCGACCACCUCAGCAAGCAUGUGAGGACGCACAGCGCUGAGGGCUCAGAGGAUGGCGGAGAACCGGGACUCGGUAAAGGGAACUGCGACACGGACAGCAGUCACUCCGGUAGCCCGAGCCAGUCUCCCGGGCUGCACAUGCGCGAGACUGUCCAAACCACCCAGGUACAGAGAGCGGUGGAAUAAUUUACCAGAUUAAAUGAGAACA